UCAUGCUGCUGCCAGGUCCAGAGUGUCUCAUGGGUCCCUGUACGGCCUCCCAUUGCUGCUGUCUCCAUCGCCACACUCUGCCAUGUGCCACUUUCAGGUCUCCUCACACUGCUGGUGUGUUCCAUUUUUUGUCAUAGGGUGCUGGCAGAUUACGGGGCCUCCCAUUGCUGCUGCCAGGCCCGUAAUCUGCCAUGGGCCCCCGUACCGCCUCCUCAUGCUGCUGCCAGGUCCAGAGUCUCUCAUGGGUCCCUGUACGGCCUCCCAUUGCUGCUGUCUCCAUCGCCACACUCUG